AUGGGCGACAAGUCGGCAUACAUGAGCGCUGGCGGAUAUUCCUCCGGCUACAUGGGAUCCAACGCCUCCUCUUCGGGAUACGCCCGUGAGGAGUACGCGAGCGGCGGAAGCGGAAGCAACAACCAGUCAUCCGGAGGCGGUGGAGGAGGAGGAAGCGGCGGCGGCAACCAGGGACAAGUCUUCAAGGCUCGCACCGAUCAGUCGUGCUACCUGGGACCAUCCUAA